AUGAGAUUCUCGACGGUACGGACGGCGGACGCCGCCCUGCUGCUCUCUAUACUACUGGCACCCCUGCCUGCCGCCGCCAUGUUUAGAUGCGACCAGAUCGUCGUGUCCAAAGGGCAACAGUUCAACCUAGAGAACCUGGGAGGACCUCACUCCGUCGUCACCACCCGUAUCAUAGGCGAUGUCGCCCACAACACAACCUACACUGUCGACAUUUGUCGGCCACUGAAGAAGAAAGGCGAUGUACACAAGGGGGAACAAUGCAAGAAUGGUUCUCGAAUCUGCGCUAUAAAACGCCUGAUUGGGCUGGGCGACAAGCCGACCGACACGUUUUCCGAGGCCAUCCCGGUCGCAGGCGAACUCCAGAACCAUGGUGGAGGCGCGCUGGACUCCGAGGUAGCGCUACUCAGUGAAAUCAACCCAGAGUCCGAAGAGCAAGGGCUGCGUGUCGUCAUGAAGGGCGGUUUCCACGAGCUCGAGGGCGGCGGAAAGCGGAAACAGCAGGCCAUUAUUAAGUUCCUUUGCGAUGAAUCCCGAAACGGCACCGAGGGCGAGUACGAUCCGGCGGACGACAAGUAUGAGCGCAGCGACGAUCCCCUGAUGGCGCGCAACAGUCCUUUAUCUUUCCGGGCUGCGGACGAAGGCGAAGGCGAAGGCGAUGGUGAAGGCGAAGGUGAUGGAGAUAACGACGACGACGACGACACGCCAUCCAAGGAGAUUCAGCUAGGAGUCGAGAAAGACCCCAGUCUCGUGUUCGGCAGCUACGGACCUAUGGAUGGCGACCUCAACACGGACGUACUACAUUUGACUUGGUCUUCCAAGUAUGUAUGCGACAGUAAGCCGGGUGAUGGGUCGGACGGCGGCGACGGCGAGGACAAGCGGGGCAGCGCACACUGGGGAUUCUUUACCUGGAUAGUCAUUCUUGUUUUCCUGGGCACUGCCACCUACCUUAUCUUUGGAUCCUGGCUCAACUACAACCGUUACGGAGCUAGAGGCUGGGACCUCCUACCCCACGGCGACACCAUUCGUGACAUUCCUUACUUGAUGAAAGAUUGGACAAGGCGUGUGCUAAACACAGUGCAAGGGAGUGGAAGCCGUGGAGGCUAUAGUGCCGUCUGA